GCUGCUGCUGCCGCUGCUGCUUGCGUUUGUUCCCUGUGUAACUGACAGGACGGAGGACUUGGCAAAAACAGCCUUCCAGAAGUGGAAAGUCAUUUUAACCCCUGUGCUUGUCAGUCCUCUCUUCCCGGGACGAAGUGGAAGCAACUCCCUGCUCCAGGUUACGGGAAGAGCACAGGACGACAGCAGCCCAAGCGGAUCUCCGUGUGGGACAUCAGAACAGGAGGAAGGGUCUGGGAUUUGCCUUCGUGCCUGGACUGCCAGAUCCACGCAGCAGGCUCAGCCUGCCAAGACGAUGACAGUCACUUAUUCCAGCAAAGUAGCAAAUGCCACUUUCUUUGGAUUUCACAGAUUACUCCUAAAGUGGAAAGGCAGCAUCUACAAAUUGCUGUACAGAGAAUUUAUUGUUUUUGCUACCCUUUACACAGCGAUAAGUGUAUUAUACAGAUUUUUUCUUACAGGAAGCCAAAAGCGGUUCUUUGAAAAAUUAUCAAUUUACUGUGACAAAUACGCUGAACAAAUCCCAGUAACUUUUGUGCUUGGUUUCUACGUCACGCUGGUGGUGAAUCGCUGGUGGAACCAGUUUGUGAAUUUGCCAUGGCCAGACCGACUGAUGUUCUUGAUCUCUAGCUGUGUCCAGGGAAGAGAUGAAUAUGGCCGCUUGAUCAGGAGGACUCUAAUGCGUUAUGUGAAUUUAACUUCUCUGCUGAUCUUUCGCUCCGUGAGCACAGCUGUGUACAAGAGGUUUCCCACCAUGGACCAUGUGGUGGGUGCAGGUUUUAUGACAAGACAUGAAAGAAAAAUAUUUGAUGACCUUAAGUCUCCCCAUCUGAAAUAUUGGGUUCCGUUUGUCUGGUUUGGAAAUUUAGCAUCGAAGGCACGAAAUGAGGGAAGAAUUAGAGACAGUGUGGAUCUACAGACGCUAAUGAAUGAAAUGAAUAAGUUCAGAUCUUGGUGUAGCCUUUUGUUUGGCUAUGAUUGGGUUGGAAUUCCUCUGGUCUAUACACAGGUUGUUACUCUUGCAGUGUAUACCUUUUUCUUUGCCUGCCUGAUAGGCCGCCAGUUUUUGGAUACUGACCAGGGGUAUCAGGGACAUGACUUAGAUCUUUAUGUUCCAAUCUUCACGCUGUUACAGUUCUUCUUCUAUGCAGGAUGGCUCAAGGUCGCGGAACAACUUAUUAAUCCAUUUGGAGAAGAUGAUGAUGAUUUUGAAACUAAUUGGUGCAUCGAUCGAAAUUUACAGGUCUCACUACUGGCGGUGGAUGAGAUGCACAUGAACUUACCAAGAAUGGAGAGAGACAUUUACUGGAACGAUUCUUCCGCCCGGCCGCCCUACACAAAAGCAGCUGCUGAUUACUGCAUUCCUUCAUUCCUCGGAUCAACAAUUGAAAUGGGGCUGGCUGAUACAGAAUUCCUCUAUGGGGAAGAGUGGCCCUGGGAAGAGGAGAAACACCACAGACAACAUUCAGUGCUGAGGAGAGUUAAGAGAUUUCUCAGCGUCCACGAGCACCCUUCCUCCCCCACUCACAGGCGCUACAACAGGCAGACGAGUGAGAAUUCGGUGUUCUUCCCCGCAGAUGAAAAGGGACACAUCAGGCGGCUGCAGGAAAUGCACACUAGGGGGAGACAUUCUACUUCCAGCUUCAAGAGGAAACACGAAGGAGCUGACCGAAGUAGCAGACUGCACAGUAGCAGGGAUCUAGGACCUAUAAGCGAAACCUCCAAGAAUGAGGCGCUGCUCAAUGACAGUGACACCUCAUCUGAGACGAACAAGCCGGUUCCUGAGGUCAUCAUCUCUGAAGCUGAGAGGAAAGAACCUGAUGUGCUGGGCAAGCCAACUCUGCAAGCAGAGAGCGCCGAAGUCACACCAGAAGAGAAGCUCCAAAGGAACCUAACUGAGGCAGAUGUGUCUCUUAUGGACCUUUCUUUAUUCCCCCCAGAAGUGACUACACACUUCCCAGGUACUGAGAUGCAUCAGUCACUGCCUAGCAUAAGGGAGCCCAAACACGAAACCCACAAUAGUAACAUAGCUGGUCUCAUAACAGAUCAUGAGAGAAACCUCCAGCGAUGGAGCUUACCGAGCUUCCAUAGUCCCAGUGCAAUGCCCAGUGCUGACUCUGCACAUCUUGUAACAGAUGCUGCAACAUCUUCACAACCAAGGACUGUGGUAAGUGAUGGAAAAAGCGUUACUUCUGCUACUGCUCCAGAGACAUUUGAAAUGCACCAUCUGUUGGAUAACCUGGAUACCAAAGAAACAGCCAUAGUAGAAUUUUCUAAUGAAAAAAGUAAAAGAAAUCCUUAACAGUGCUUCUGGUUCUGGCUGCGCUUCCUGUCUUUUCUUGAAAGUGGUUCUCACAGAUGUCUGUUGGAAGGUUCAUAAAGGCAGACAUGAUGCUCAGACAAGUCCUGAGCAAGAUCCAGCAGAGGAUUCAGGCAUCUAAACACGAGGCACUGCAAUACGUCAAGCCACUUGGUCACUGGUGGUAAAGAAAAACACAGAGAGGACUGAGAGCCUCAAAAAUGGAUUCAAACUAGCCAGCGCACAUGGUAGUGAAAUGUGUGGGCUUGCCUAGAGGAAACACUAAGGUGCAGAGGUGGCUUUUUCCACUUUAUAUGCACCUUGAAUAUUGCCAUGUAAUCUGACAGAUGAUCCUUCAGAUUUAAACCUGUAACAUCCUUGUAAGACGACCAACACUCUUGGUUUCUAGUCAAGGAGCUAGAAGGGGAGAUUUGGGCUCAAUUCCCUCCUCAGCCCACUAAAUUCCAAUACUUAGAGGUAUGCUUAAAUAAAUCAGGCACCUUAUUGUGGCUUGUGGAGGCAAGAGCCUGCUAUGGUCCUGCUGAAGCUAUGCCACAACGGAUUGAAAAAUAAAAAUGAAAUACUUCAUAUUAAAACUCCAUUAAGAGAAACACAAAAGGCAAAAUUUCUGAUGAACUAGGCAUGGGAGGUAUGAGUCUUGUUCUGUGCUCCUUAGAGCAUGUACAUAGCUUAUCUAGGGGCCAUAGGCCUCUCUCAAGAAGGAGAGCAGCGGAGGUAACUGAUCGGAGGCCUCCACCCGUAGGGAGCUGCAGCUGGCAGCACAGGCAUAGGAAGGAUUUUCAGCAGUUAUGGAGAAAUUGUAUACUGUCUAGCUCUGUUAUUACAGACCAGGAACUGUUCUUCCCUCUGAAAGGAGAUUGAAGCCAGAAAUUGGAAAUGACUCUGCCUGUAAUAUAAAACUCCCACAGAUCCACACUUAUUCCAGUCCCACCACACCUCCUCAGUAUCUUCCUUCACAUAACUUUCACCAGGGAGUGGAAGCAGCCUGGCCAGCAGGUCAAGGGAGGUGAUCCUGCAUCUCUGCUCUGCGCUGGUGAGACCCCAUCUGGAGCACUGUGUCCAGAUGUGGAGUCCUCAGUACAGGAGAGAUGCAGACCUGUUAGAGCGUGCCCAGAGGAGGGCCACAAAAAUGAUCCAGGGGAUGAAACAAACACUUCUCCUACAAGGACAGGCUGUGAGAGCUGGGGCUGUUCACCCUGGACAAGAGAAUGCUCUGGAAAACCUGAGAGCAACCUUAUGGUAUCUAAAGGCAGGUAUAAGAAGGAAGGGGACAGACUCCUUAGCAGAGUCUACUGUGAUAAGACAAGGGGAAAUAGUUUCAAACUAACAGAGGGGAGAUUUCAAUUACCCAGUUGAAAUUUUUUAAGAAUUUUUUUUUUUUUUUACAAGAAGAGUGGUGAGGCACUGGACCAGAUUGCCCAGAAUGUUGGUGGAUGCCCUGGAUCUCCUUGGAGACAUUCAAGAUAAGGCUGGAAGGGGCUCUGAGCAAACCUGAUGUAGCUGUAGGUGUCGCUGUUCGUUGUGGGGGGUUGGACUAGGUGACACUUAAGGGUCCCUUCCAACUCAGACAGUUUUAUGAUUCUACCUUCAUUCCCCCAGCUCAGAUGUCAGCUGAUCUGUCUCAGAAUAGCUCAGCCUGCAGGAGCCUUCCCAGAUUCUCACUGUCCAGCUCUGCUCAUCUUCCAUCAUUUUCUUCUCAGCAUGGCCACUGCUAAGAGCACACACUGAUGCUAUCCAUCAGACUUUUGUGCAUCUCAUGAGCAAUGACUUUGCUGCCACUUCCACUCACUCUGUCUGCACUCCCUGCCCCAGUGACAGUACUCCUCCAGUGGAGGCCAUGGGGGGGCCAUACAGUAGCCACAGGGUGGUUAAACUUCAGUUAGGUCCCACAGAGGCAUCUGUUAGAUACAGAGAGGUUAGGGAUGACAAUUCUGAAGUCCCACAGCCUAUUAUGCAGUAAACAAACAGUACAUCACAUGUAGUAGGCCAGCUCCAGGAUAAUUAAAAUAUUCCAUUCAUUAGCUCACAAAGAAACUAGUGCUGGGAUGAAUUAUCAGAAAAAUUUCCGUGCAUUUAGUCUACUAUCUCACUGUUGCAAACAUCUUCAGGCUCUGUCUUAUAUUAAAUUUUCUUUGGGGAUGAUGUGCUCCCUUUACACUACUUCUGGUAAACUAUUUGCCUUAGCAUAGUAAACAGACAAUUUCAGCAACCUCAACAAUUCACAAUUCAUGUUCACUGGCAUAAAGAAUGUAGAAUUAUUGCAUGAAUAAAGGCAUUUUGAGAAACACA